AUGGCACAUAAAGCAUCAAAGAAUAUGUGUUAUAGCUUAAGUGAAUCGUCAGAUUAUAGAUGGGCAAGUGCAGUAUGUACUAAAAACGACGGCGAGCAAUAUUUAUCAACAGUUAAAGAAAAACUUAACCUUUCUCCCGGUAAAAAUACUGAACCUUAUGCAGCUAAUCGAGACUCACAGAGAAAACGACGAGCUGAAGCUUCACAAAUGCAUUCAGCGAAGUGUCGACGUAAUCUAUUGAAACAAGAUCGUGAAAAUCUUCAAAACUCAGAAGGUGUGCAAUAUUCUCCUAACUGUGGCUUCGAUACUGAUAUUAAUAACAAUGAAGAUAUUGAAUUGGAUGAGCUUAUGGAAGUUGACGAAGAUAACCUUGAUUCUUUUAAUAUUGUAUUUUUUGAUAUUGAAACUAAAUCUUUAGAAAAUUUUCUUAAAUUUCUCCGUGUAUCACCAAAGCCGUCAAUUUUAGUUGCUCAUAACGCUAAGUUUGAUGCUAAACACUUAAAGUCCACAAUAAAAGGAUUUACUGAUACAUUAGUAUUAUUCAAAAAACAAUUCCUUGACAGAAAAGGAAAAGGAUUAUUUAAAUUAUCGCAACUUACCAAAGAUUUAUUACCUCAUAGAAAAACUGAUAAUUUCCAUGAGGCAAUGUUUGAUGUUGAAAUAUUAGAAGAGCUGGAUUUAAUAAUUAAUGCCAAAGGACUAAAAGAAGUUGUCAAUGAUAUAGUAGGAGCACGUGAAGUCGCCAAAAUCACAGGAACGCUGGACGUUUUAAAAAAUUAUGUUUCUGAUAAUAUUAUUAAAAAAAUGGCUUUAGCUAAAAUAACUUAUGAUGAUUUGAAUAAAAUUUUCCCUGAAAAGAGUGAAGCUGGAUUAAGUCAUUUUUUGUCUGAAAAAGUCAACAAUAAGCCUAGAUUAACUAAUAGAAAAAAUAUAAUUGACAAUAUUGUUUUGUUUUUUCAGAAAAACAAGUAA